GUUCCCUUGUUUCACAAACCCGGAAUACUUUAUACCACUUCUCUCAAACUUCAACUUCAAUUCAAGAAAAAUGGCAAACAAAAAUGAUCUUUUGCUCCUUUUCGAGCGGCCCAAGGAGCCAAUUUUCAUGGAAAAAGGCGCGGAAAAUGCCGUGUUCGAUGUCCCACAUAACUUCCUGACGGAUCGCUAUCGUCCAAUCGGAACCGAGGUUCAGAAUCGUUUUGGAAUGAUGGCUGAAAAGCGGAUUCCUGUUCAGAAUAUAUCAAUUCCAAGCUUGGCAAUUCCCAUGUCCUUGGGUCGUAAUGAACAAUUUUCAUUGUUCAUCCCGAGACAUAGACGCAUUGCUGGGAGACUGAUUGAUAUUUUCGUCGGGGUUAGAUCCGUACAGGACCUUCUCAGCGUUGCUGCAUAUGCUCGGGAUCGAGUUAAUCCCUAUCUAUUCAACUAUGCUCUCUCAGUUGCGGUGCUGCAUCGACCAGAUACACGGGACUUAAACAUACCAACUUUCGUUCAGAUAUUCCCAGAUAAGUUCAUCGACUCCCAAGUCAUGACGCGCAUUCGUGAAGAAGCGUCCAUUGUCCCGGAAAGGAUGAGAAUGCCUAUUGUUAUUCCGAAGGACUAUACAGCUUCGGAUCUCGACCCAGAACACAGGCUCUGGUACUUCCGAGAAGACAUCGGAGCUAACCUCCAUCAUUGGCAUUGGCAUUUAGUAUAUCCUUUCGAAGCAGAUCGUGAAGAUAUCGUUCGUAAGGACAGACGUGGAGAACUUUUCUACUACAUGCAUGAACAACUAGUUGCCCGCUUCAAUUGUGAAAGAUUUAGUAAUGAUCUUGCCCGUGUCCAACGUUUCAACAAUCUUCGUGAUCCUAUCCCUGAAGGAUACUUCCCAAAAAUGGACUCAUUAGUAGCAAGCCGUGCUUGGCCACCAAGAUUCGAUAAUACCAGGCUAAGUGAUCUGAAUCGUGAGCUCGAUCAAAUCAAGUUGGAUGUUGCGGAUUUGGAAAGAUGGCGGGACAGGAUCUUUGAGGCUAUCCAUCAAGGAUUUGUUAUUGAUGAAAGCGGCAAUCGUGUUGAACUGGACGAGAUGAACGGCAUUGAUAUUCUGGGCAAUCUCAUCGAAUCAUCCAUUAUAUCUCUGAAUCGACAAGUUUAUGGAGAUCUGCAUAAUAUGGGGCACGUUUUCAUUUCAUACGCUCAUGAUCCGAAUCAUCGCCAUUUGGAAUCUUUCGGUGUAAUGGGUGAUAGUGCUACUGCUAUGCGUGAUCCUGUCUUCUACAAAUGGCAUGCAUAUAUCGAUGAUAUGUUCCAGGAACACAAGGAAGUUCUUCAACCAUACACCACUGACCAGUUGGGCUUCCAAGGAGUAACCAUCUCUGACGUGAAUGUUAACACAACAGAUUUUCCUGCAAACACUUUCCAAACUUUCUGGCAACAAUCAGAUGUGGAUCUUUCUCGAGGACUCGACUUUGUUCCUCGUGGCAACGUAUUCGCAAGAUUUACACAUCUACAACAUGCCCCUUGGACUUAUACGAUAAAUAUCAACAAUAACGCAAGUACCGGUCGCUUGGGAACUGUUAGGAUUUUCCUAGGACCUAAAUUUGAUGAGCGUGGUAUCGAGAUGCUUUUCCGUGAUCAACGUUUGCUUAUGAUUGAAUUAGAUAAAUUCGUUGUAUCUCUUCGUCCUGGAAGCAAUACCAUACGCCGCCCAUCAAUUAAUUCCUCCGUUACAAUUCCGUUUGAAAGAACAUUCAGGGAUUUGGAUUCGAAUCGUCCUGCUGAUGGCACAGCCGAGGAAAUGGCUUUCAACUUUUGUGGUUGUGGUUGGCCUCAUAAUCUCCUGAUUCCGAAAGGAAAACCUGGUGGUCUUACUUUCGAGUUGUUUGUGAUGGUCACAGAUUAUGAGCAAGAUAGGGUUGACCAGGACCUCGCAGGAACCUGCAACGAUGCAGUUUCGUAUUGUGGAGUUCGGGACCGAUUGUAUCCAGAUAGGAAACCAAUGGGCUUCCCAUUUGAUCGAUUACCGCGCAGUGGAGGUGAUCGCCUAACUACUUUCUUGACGCCAAACAUGUUUGUGAGAGAGGUCAACAUAUUUUUCACGGAUCGGACCGUUACAAGGCCGACAAUUCAGAAUGCUGUUCAGCCACAGUAGUAUUAUAUGAGCAGAUGCUGGGAAUGUUGGUGAUAUUGAAAGAAAUGUUUGAAUAAAAAAAUUAG